UUUAUGGGGGUACCACUGAAGAGUCCCUCUGGUGGCCAGAUUUUGUCUUCAGCUGAUGAUUUGUCAUUGGAAAGUGACAACAGCUUUCUUGAACUGUCCAUUGGGUAUCAAGAAAUCCAUUCGGACAUGGUUGUCAUGCAAGAGCAACUACGUGUUGUUCGUCAAGAACGGGACGAGUAUUUGCAACAAAGAAACAAUCUCAUUGAUCAGCAAAAUCAAUCAAUGCAGGAUUGUGUAAUUGAAAAAGCUAAACCUGCAACGUCUGCUGAACAACAAGCUAGGCCAUCAAAAAGUGGUUAUAGAAGAAAUCAUGUUGACGUGCCCAGCAGCAGUGAAGAAACAUUGUUGUCUAAUGGAAAAUUGUAUACCAUCACACUUUGUGGUGUCCCUGAUCUGUUGAAGACACCGGAGCCUCAAGAACUUGGAGCUUUGGAACUUAUAGGACUGGGUCAGAAGAAGGAUAACAGCAUUCCUGAUGGUAACGGUGAAUGUAUAUACAAAUUUUUAGCAAGACUGUUCAAGCCUCUUUUAACGUAUUUUAGUAUCGAAAAUGCGUAUUUAUCAGUAUGCAGUCCUAAACCAGGCAGUGGUGGCGGCCUCAAGCAAAAACUGUUUAUUUUUGAUCCCCUUUCUGGACCAAAUUCUGAAGAAUUCAAGGCGGUUGGAAAGAAAAUAUUUUUGGUACCAUUUAACGCCAACUUCGAUUACGUUUCCCCAAAGCCGCCGACCGUUAAAUGUAAUGUUUGCGAAGAAUUGGUUGACCCAAUGGUUAUGGCCUUGCAUAAAGCAAGUUGCGGUACGGGUGCAAAUGGCAGUGAUUUCUACUUCUACGAAGAAGAGGAGUAGUUUGUUCUAAUAUCCCAAAGGGCACAAUUAUGAAUGUAAAUCAAAAACUCCUUUCCAAGGGUUUUCCAAUGCACCCGUAAAUAUUGUUUUGUUUCCGUUCGCCAAAUCGAAAGAAAAUUCAGACCAUCACAAUUCCAUGUGUGAGUUUUUAAUCUUACAAAUCCAGAUGUGUGAUGUAACGUGAUAUAACGUGAUAUAACGUGAUAUAACUUGUGUGUUUGUUCAUUCAUGUUUAAUUUAUUUAAAAAAGAAAAUUUCAAAGCCUUACCUGACAGUGUGUACCAAUAAGCUGAUCCAGCCGGGCUGCUUCGUCGUUAGAAAGAAGACGGGAAGGAUAAUUCCUUUGAGAUCUGAAUCGCAUUGCCAUCUUAAAAUGAACUUGUUGAAUUUCGUGCUUUCUUCUUCAAUUUAUGUAGUAAUUACAUGAACUAUUAAUGUGUUGCUAGUUUCCAAGUCGGCCACAAAUGGCUGUUUACGCCCUUGUUGUAAUAUCUGGCUCAAUUUUAUAUUGAAAUGCAAUCGAGUCAUUAUCAAGAAAGAUAAGCGUUGACAUAUACGUGAUACGUCAUCUU